AUGGGGUUCAUCUUCUCGAAGGCCAUGAACGACAGCCUGAAAGGGCAACAGGAGUUUAUGCGGCUCCAGCUGGAGUUGCAACUAGUGCUGCAGAACCUGAUGAGAGAGAGACAAACAGCCAUGCAGAUUGCUUGAACAUGAGAAUUUCUCAAAUAUUUUGGGACAUUUUUUGGACUUGUUGCUGUAGUUUUAAGAACUGGAGCAAUAAAAGGGAAGAACCCAGCAGUUUUACUGCCAAUACUUCCCUUAAGCUUUGUAUUUUCCUAUCAUUAUGAUAUGGGCUAUGGGACACUAUUGCAAAGGAUUAAAGGUGAAGCAGAGAACAUAAACAUACUUGACACACAGAGCACUUUGCUGGAAUUGCCUAAAGGACCUCCCACAUUUAAAGAUUUGUAGAAAAUCAGACUAUCUCAGAGCAAUUUCUUCAUUGAAAAAUAG